AUUGCUUAGAAUAAGCCUUACUCUGCUCUAUAAAAAUGUCUACAAAAUAGAAUGGUUAACUCACAAUUCUAUGCACUUAGAAGCAUCAAAAUAAUAAUCGUUUCUUUAUCUCUUCCUGGUUCAUGCAAACCUAACAAAGAAGGAUGCCAAAGGAUACCAACAACAUUCUCAUCAGCUUCCUCCUCCUAUGGUCAAUGGCUGGACUAACCGGAGCAGAGAAGAAUGCAGGAGGAAACCCGUUCACGGCAAAGGCCUCUUUAGCCCGUUACUGGAAAUCCCACAUCACCAAUGACUUGCCAAAACCAUCAUUCUUCUUCAACAAAGCAUCCCCACUUAACGCCGUGGAUUUCGCCGUUUUCUCGAAACUCCUAGUUGAACAAAACACCACUUGGUCCACCCUUUUCCAAACUUUAUGCAUCAAGGCCAACCUCCUUUGCUCCUUCCCCGACGUCGUAUCACCCAGCCUCCAGAAACAUGCCGGCGACGUGAAUUUCACCAGUUACACCGGCCGGAGCUUCGCCAAUUACGGCACCGACCAACUCGGCGGAGCUGACUCCUUCAAAAACUACACCAACGAUCAGGCUCCUUCGAACAGCUUCCGCCGUUACAGCCGUGACUCUCUCAAACACGACGAUCUGUUCAAGAACUACGCCCAGGAUGCCAACCUCGGGGAUUCGAUCUUCAACACGUACGGCGGUUCAGCCACCGGGGGCGUCGGGACGUUUACCAACUACCAGGACGGCGUCAACGAUCCUCAACUCACGUUCAGUACCUAUUCCGCCGACGCCGACGGCCGGAUUCAAGGCUUCACCGCCUAUUCCCAUGAAGCAAACAGCGGGAAGCAAGAUUUCAAGAACUACGCGAGAAACGGCAAUGGCGGAGAAAAUGAUUUCACCAGCUACUCCAACGUGUCAAACGCCGUCGUUUCUUCAUUCAUCGGUUACGGCAAUUCCGGCAAUGGGAUUAAGGAUAGUUUCAUAAGGUACGGUUUCGAUAACAAUGUCCCACAGAACAGCUUUUCGAGCUACGGAGAUGCCGGAAAUGGCGCAACGGAAAUAUUUAAGAGCUACAGUGAUCAAGCUGACGUUGGCACGGAUUCGUUCACAUCCUAUGCUAGGGAUUCCAAUGGCGUCAAAGCCAACUUUGAAAGUUAUGGGUUCUCUACUAAACAUGGCCCGGCCCGAUUCACGAGUUAUUCGGAACGCUCCGAAAAUCAGAAGGUUGGAUUCACUACUUACGGAGAGAAUUACGGUUUCAAAAGGUAUGCCAAAACGGGUGUCACGUUUGAUAAUUACCUCAAUAAAAGCUCGUUGGAAAAUAAUAAUAUUGCCAACACAAAAUGGGUCGAACCCGGGAAGUUCUUCAGGGAGAGCAUGUUGAAGACUGGAAAUUUGAUGCCCAUGCCGGAUAUCAAAGAUAAAAUGCCUAAAAGAUCGUUUUUGCCUAAGAUUAUUGCCGCAAAAUUGCCAUUUUCAUCCCUCAAAAUUGAUGCAAUGAAGAAAAUGUUUCAUGUGAGUGAUGACGAUGAUGAUGAUUCCAGGUUGGUUCAUAUGAUCACUGAUGCUUUGAAUGAAUGCGAGCGGGCUCCCAGCCCAGGGGAGACGAAACGGUGUAUUGGAUCUGGAGAGGAAAUGAUCGACUUUGCCACCUCUACUUUGGGCCCAAACAUUAUGGUGAGGACCACUGAGAAUACUAAUGGGUCCAAUGGUGACAUUUUGAUCGGGCCUGUGACAGGGAUUAAUGGCGGGAAUGUCACCAAGUCAGUUUCUUGUCAUCAGAGCUUCUUUCCCUACUUGUUGUAUUAUUGUCAUUCGGUUCCUAAGGUUCGGGUUUAUGAAGCGGAUAUACUGGAUCCGACUUCUAAGGUCAAGAUUAACCAUGGGGUAGCUAUAUGUCAUGUCGAUACGUCUUCGUGGAGUCCGGGUCAUGGAGCAUUUCUGGCACUGGGUUCGGGUCCGGGAAAGAUUGAAGUGUGCCAUUGGAUCUUUGAGAAUGACAUGACAUGGACUAUUGCUGACUGAUUUAAACAGUUAGAGAUAUUCAUUAUGUGCAACUUUAGCUUUUCUGUUUUGUACUUCGGAAACAAUCAUUUAAUAAUUAAUUUUUGUGUUAAAUUUAUAUUUUGC